AUGCCGUCACCAAAUAGCAAGAGCAAUCAGCGCAUGAAGCGACAGGGCCCGGCCUCUGAUCAGCGACCUCACACCAGAGCGUUUGCCAAACUUCAUGGGCUGAGUGUCAAAGAUUUCACACUCGAGGUUCUUGAAGACGUCUCACGCAAAAGCCGCUCGCGAAAAAUCUCAAAGCCUCCAACAAAGUCGACAUUCAGAUCGAGUUCCUCGUUGCCGCCGCCAUCGAAGGACAAGCGAGCCGCGAAGACGACUCUGCAGCCACCGGUGACGUCGAAUAUACGCCAAACUCGGUCAAACAAGAGCAAGGACAAAGAUCCGCUCCAGGUUUUGGGCGGACUUGACGCUCGCGACUUGCCGUUACAAAAGCAUCAGUCUCCGACAGCACGUCAGGGUCCAAAAGUUCAGCCUCAAUCGAGCGAGCUUCCCAGUCCAUUGAGUCGUCCUGAAACAGGGUUGGAGCAGGUAACUGAUACAGGGAAACGGGACAACGUCUCAGCCUGGCUAAACUUGGUCAGCCCCGACACAGCACAGACUUCUGACGAUUUCACAGAGAGACACGGUGAUUCACAUAUUGCAUCCGUGUCAGACUCCGAAGACAUGGAAUCGUCCAGCUCACACCUCACUAGCACCAGUGUCACUACUGACAAUGCAACAACUGCGAAGGCUAGCACGGUCCGACAUAUCGAUUUCAUGGAACAUUUGGAAUUCCGAGGCAUCACAGAUAAAUCUUCAGGUGACGAUAAGCUCCAAGAACUCGGUCUAGACAAGAUUGUCGAUGCGACGCCUUCACACGUCGAAUUUGAGAAAUUUGAAAGUCUAGUCAGAGUGCUGGAAGACUACCUGAAGAAGUUCCGGAAGUCAAUCAAGGAUCGGCCUUCCGAGGAUGGUCUCCCCGUUUACGAUGCUUUGAGGCAUGAUAUAAGUCACUGGAGGCCUGACGCCGAGGGAUACAGACGGUUUCCUCCAAUGUCUGCCCAGGACUUUGCAUGGGAUCAAUUACAAUGCUCUACUUCGAGCGAGGCCGAUUUCCACAGAACCAUCAUGAUCUCCAUUAUAGACCGCCUCGAUUUUCGCGGUGUUUUCACCUUCAGCUGCGAGGAACAGUGGCGCAUUGAAAAGAAGCUUUUGAUAAAAGCAACAAAGGAGAGCAGCAAGAUCACGCAGCCGAAACCCGACCUUGCCAUAUCGUUUCAUCGAGACGUCUUCAUAGAGUCGAUACUUCUCGAGUAUCCUAUCGAGCUCGGGAGUUGCCUGCAUCCGGGCAAGAGAGGACGUGAGAGAUGGUUUCCAUUCCUCUUCAUGGAAGCCAAAAGGGAGGAUAGCUCGCUCCGUGCCGCAUUCGAGAAGAAUCUGUACAGCACCAGCCAGGCGCUCUUCAAUAUCUUCCAGUGGAUGCGCCAAGCUCCCCAGCUCCGGGAGAAGUUUUUCGAAGAUGUUCGGACGUUCAGCAUAGUUCUCAAUAACGAAGACAUGGUGUUGAGAAUGCAUCGCGCCGAACAAACUACGGAUGAUCGUCUCAGAUACCACUUCACAGAAGUGGCCAGAGUCCGAAAUUACAGCCGCGAUGUCGCCUGCCACAUGGUCAAGAGUGUGUUGUUAGACUACGCGUUGCCACAUCUAUAUCCCAUCCUGAAAGAAACCUUCCAGAUGGUUGCUGGGUUGGAUCACUUGAGAGAGACUGGAGCGAAGCGCAAGCACGACCUCAUGGAUGCACAACCGUCCACACUCGGCGUCGACCACAGCCCGGGGCCCAGAGAGACAGAUCCUCGCCAGUUGCGGAGCAUUAACACGGGGAUAUCCUUCGACGCCGACAAUCUGACGUUGGCUGGACCGUCCAAGCGGAGCAGAAGAGGUCGACGAGGUCGGUGA